AUGAAAGAACGCGACAUCCAAAAUAUGAACGGCACGCAAAUAGAGCUGGAUUCUUUGCCAACAACUGACAGUAUAAAACACGAACCUCCGAUACUCUACGGAGCAGGAAAUUGGAUCAAUGGCUUCAGACGCGCCGAGCCAAGACCUGGAUAUCUACCUACCGAUGCUCCCGAGAGGUUCUACGAUUUGAGAGCGGCCAAUGCAAAGACGGCAAAUACGGCGCUGGCGAGGGAGUUGAAAGGAAGGCAUUUGCAGAUGAUUGCAUUUGGAGGUUCUAUUGGAACUGGUUUAUUCGUCGCGUCGGGCGGCUCAUUAUACAGAGGUGGUCCAGCCAGCCUUCUACUAUCAUAUAUCCUCAUCGGAGGCAUGCAGUAUUGCACGAUGCAAUCUUUAGGCGAGCUAUGUGUAGCCUUUCCAAUAGCUGGCUCCUUCUCAGCAUUUUCAACGCGAUUCCUGGAUCCAUCAUGGGGGUUUGCCAUGGGUUGGAAUUAUUGCUUACAAUGGUUGUUCGUAUUGCCUUUGGAGAUAAUCGCCGGUGCUUUUACUAUAGGGUACUGGGAUGAAACCAUUGACAGAUCCGUCUUUGUUUCUGUUUUUCUACUCACCAUAGUCGCUAUCAACCUAUUCGGCGUCAAGACGUACGGAGAAGCUGAGUUUAUCUUUUCCAUUAUCAAGAUCACCGCCAUCGUUGGCUUCAUACUCUUGGCUAUUGUGAUCAACAUAGCUGGCGAGCCAGAGGGCCAUUACAUAGGUGGAACGUAUUGGCGGAACCCAGGUGCGUUCAAGAACGGGUUCAAGGGCUUUUGCAGCGUCUUGGUGACGUCUGCCUUUUCAUUUACCGGGACAGAGUUGAUCGGUCUGGCCGCCGCCGAGACAGCUAAUCCUCGAAAGUCACUGCCCACAGCAAUCAAGCAGGUCUUUUGGCGCAUCAUGAUUUUCUAUUUAGUGGCCCUCUUGCUCGUCGGACUAUUGGUGCCAUCUGAUGAUAGGCGUCUUGUCGGCGGUGAUAACGUCGCAGAUGCUACAGCGAGCCCCUUUGUUAUUGCGAUAGAGAAGGCCGGUACUUCUCUCCUCCCUGGAAUAAUGAAUGCCAUCAUCUUGAUAGCUGUUAUCAGUGUCGGCAACUCGGCUGUCUUUGGGUCGUCGAGGACAUUAGCUGCCUUGGCCGAGCAGUCUCACGCACCUCAUAUCUUUGCCUACGUGGAUCGACAAGGUCGCCCACUCAUGGCCAUCCUCUUUGCAUCUUGUAUAGGCCUUCUAGCAUUCCUUGCAGAUGUGAAUUCUCACGAUGCCAUUUUCAACUGGCUCCUCUCCAUCAGCGCUCUGAGCACUUUGUUCACCUGGGGUAGUAUCUGUCUUUGUUACAUCCGAUUUCGCGCUGCCUGGAGCCACAACGCACACACGCUCGACCAGCUGCCGUUCAAGUCAAACGUCGGCGUCACAGGAGCAUGGGUUGCCUUGAUAGGUUAUAUCCUCGUGCUCCUAUCGCAGAUCUGGAUAGCUGCGUCGCCGGUGUAUGCACCCGACAUUGUUGAUGGAGCCUCGGGUGUUGCACAGAACUUCUUCUUGAAGGUUCUGGCAAUCCCGAUCAUCUUGCUAUUCUAUAUCUGCCACAAGAUGUGGUAUCGCACGCAGGUUGUGCGACUCGAGGAGAUGGAUGUUGAAACGGGACGACGGUACUUUCGCGUGCACAUCAUGGCAGAGCAAGAGCGGGAAGAACGGCUAGGCUGGCCCAAAUGGAAGAGAGUAAGCGGCGACCUGAAAGUGAUUAUCCCUGCAUGCAACUACUGGGUUGGGCCAGUCAGCAUUAGUAAUGGAGGGGUAUCACAAGAGCAAGACACUCACGUAUGCGAGAAAUAUUUUAUUCCCUUUUUCCUACAGGCUUUUGCUGUUCAAUACAUGGGUGAUGUGCGCAUGAAAUCAAUGGAAGCCUCAUACGCAACGAUUCUCUGGGGUGCAGCGUUGGCUGUCUUGGGCCUCAUCUCCCACCGCAUCAUUGCAAUUGCCCUUCGCCCGCACUCUUCUCAGUUCAAAGGCCUCCCGGGGCCAAAGGACCAUCAACCUUUCGUUGGACAUGCUUUGCGCAUUCUUCGCGGCGGAGGACCUAACGAUGUGUAUCUGCAAUGGACGCGACAGUGGCCCGGCGCACCUUUCAUAAGGUGUCUUUCAUGGCUCAACGAGGAGAUCUUGCUGGUGAAUAGUCUGGAAGCUUGUCGCGAGGUGCUGCAAACCAAUGCAUAUUUCUUUGCCAAACCCGGUUUCUUUCACACCCUCGUAGGAGAGUUUCUCGGCCUUGGGCUUCUGUUCAGUGUGGGGGAACAGCACAAGAGGCUGAGGAGAAUCACCGCAGGGCCCUUGUCACGACCGAGUAUAAGAAAGCUGUUUCCGACCUUUGUGACCUACUCCCAAAAGCUAAACCGCGAGAUCGGAGAAGCUUUAGAAGGAAGUAAGAGUGGAAUAGUUGAGAUUGAAGACCUUAUCACCCGUGCCACGCUCGACAUCAUUGGUGUCUCACUACUCGGCAGAGAACUACGUGAUUUCCGCUCGGAAUCAUCUCCACUAUCUUUCGAACAAUGCUACAACGCCAUUCUCGCUCAGCCACUUGCCGGUCAGAUCAUAAGCUUCAUCAACCCGUUUAUCCCACUCCGAUGGUUGCCUGUAUCUGCCAAUUUGGACUUCAUCCGCGCCAAAUCUGCUUUGAAGACAAUGAUGGAGGGCCUCAUUGAACAGCGCACAGCUGAAGUAGGGGCUACGAAGCUACUGAAGGAAGAUGAUAAACUCUCGGAUGACCUGUUGACCAGGAUGAUUGAAGCGAGUGCUGGAGAAAGUCAAAAGCUUUCAAAAGAAGAGUUGAUCGAUAUUACCAUGCAGGUCAUCGCUGCCGGACAUGAGACGACUGCUAGUGCUCUAAUCUGGACAGCAUAUUCACUUGCCAAGGACCCUGCUUCACAGCAACGCUUACGAGCAGAGAUCCAUUCACUGGGUACAGAAAUGUCCGCCAAAGGAAUUGAUGAGCUUCCCUUUCUUGACAAUGUCAUCCGCGAAGCCAUGCGUGUCCACUCACCAACUCUGGCCAUACCAUGGGAAGCGCAAAAGGAUAUGGCUAUUGCUGGAACACAUAUUCCUAAAGGAACAACAGUACAAAUUGUACCAGCCAUGAUCCAGCUCAACCCGGAAAUCUGGGGCAGUGACGCCGAUGUCUUCAGGCCGGAGCGAUGGGAAGAUAUGGAUAGCAACGCAUCCAGUCCUUACGCCAUGGAGACGUUUUCGAAUGGUCCACGGAUUUGUCCUGGUAAAGCACUGGCUCUGUUGAAUAUGAAGGUAUUGCUGGUGGGAUUGAUCAGAGACUUCGAAAUGGAGAUAGCGGACGAUGGAAAAGAGGUGGAGUUGAGGAAUCCAAGUUUGACGUUGAAGGCGAAGACGCCCAUUCAGUUUAAGAUAAGGAGGCUCAGCUAG